AUGAAGGAAUGGCCUUGGCUCGACGUCAUAACUCUUUUCCUAAAUCAUCAGGUUAUAAAUAUAAAAUUUAGGGAUCUAAAUUCACUGCAUGACAGCAAGAAUAUCAUUUGUACAUUGAAUGACGGGUCAAAAUUGACUUAUUUAUAUAUUUAUUUUUGAAGAUUUCAACUGAUUUCUUUUUCACUUUUGGUCUUUUCUCAUCAUAAAAGGUACGAGACCAUCGCUAUCAAGAGCCUACCUUCCUUCAAUAGUUCCCAAUUUCACUGGGCGACAGAGCGAAGUUGAAGAGAUCAUCGGACAUGUCACUUCCAAAUCCACCCGACUUGUGUCGAUCUGGGGUUCACCUGGAUUCGGAAAAACGUCGGUUGCAAUUGCAGUGGGACACGCUCUUCAGACUCAAGGCCUGCCUGUGUACUGGGUUUCAUCGAGAGGACUUCAGUCAAAGGCGGGUCUGACUUCAAAGAUUCUUAGUCUUCUAACGCAGCAAACCAUUCAAGAAAAACAACCGUCCGAUCAGCGUCUAUCCCUUGAUGAUAACAUUUGCCAACUAUUUAGUGAAAUAUUAAAACAGUCUGCAUUUAUCCUAGAUAAUGCUGAUGAUUUGUUAGAAAGUGGUCGGCCAAAAGUGAAGGAAGAGGUGAUGCAACUUCUUGAAGAAAUUCUCAGACAAAAUCCAAGAGUGACAUUCAUUGUAACUACAAGAGAGUCCCUUGAGUUUAUGGACGUCCAUUUUCAAGGCCAUCGAGGUUUAAGAAUAGGAAAAUUGGGUGAAGCCUCUGCUCAAACUCUAAUUCAUGAGUUACUUCCACAUGCGACUGUUCCAGACUGCAGAAAAAUCGCACAACUCUGCGGACAAGUUCCUUUAGCCAUAAAACUAAUGUGUUCUUUGAUAUCUGAAGACAGUACUUCACCGCGCCAUUUUCUGGAUAAUUUCAUGACAUCUUCCUCAGAAAGUAUCGUCCAAAUGUUGGACAAUCAGGAUUAUCCGACCAGUCAUCGAUUAAAGUUCGUCUUUGAUUCCUCAUUCCAGAGACUACAUGAGCAGGAACAAGAAUCAUUAAUUUCUUUAAGCAUUCUCCCCGAAAAUUUCAGUACAGAAGUCGCUGCAGCCGUUUUAGGUAAGAAAACCGCUUUCGAAGCCAAACGAAUGUUGCAAAGUCUUCGAAGGAAGUCACUGAUUGAUUCAAGCACUAAACCCGGGACUUUCACGAUGCACAAACUCUUGCAAUCAUUUUCGAGAGAGAAAGGAGACACUGACAUGAAAGAGACGAUUCUCAACGCAAAGGGUCGUUUGAAUGCAUUCUAUGUCUCACAGUUUGAUAAGCUAAAUGAACAAUUUCUCACUGGGCAUUCCUUGGCUGCAUAUGUUGCAUUCUAUGAGGAUCAAGAGAGCAUAGUUCAAAGCCUAAUAGAGGGAUGUUUUGAUUCCAAAGCAGCUGACAGCGUUUUUCAAAUUUUGGUCAAAGGGGAGUUGUUUCUUGCCUCGCUUUUUUGGACUGACGGGAAAAAUUUUAUUCACAUAUACGACGCUGCCAUAAAAUCAGCCAAUCUGCAUGGAAAGGAAAAAUACCACAGACAGCUACUUUCUUCAAAGGCUUUUGGUGAGGUAACCUGGGGACGAGCAGGUAAGACGAAUCAUCUUCUCUCUGAAGUAAAAGAAAAGCAAGCAGCAUCGUCCGAUGUUUCUAACCAAGAAAAGGGCAAAUGCAUGUGCUAUUUAGGAAUUUUUUACCUUACUGCAAACGAAUCGAAGAGCGGAGUCCAGUGCUUAAAAGAGGCGCUUUCAUCAAUGGAAAAUUGCAAGGACCCAGAGUCGUUAAUUCUGAAGCUUCUUAUUUUUCAGAUCCUGGCUUGCUAUUAUGAGGCCUUAAAUGACUUCUACAAUGCGAGUAAUUUCUAUUUCAAAUCACUACAUUUGUGUCCUGCAGUGGGAGAUUGGAAGCUGCUUACAAUUCCGCCACCGAAAAGCAAAGCAACGGGCGCUAACAAUGAAAUCCAAGUUGGAAAGAAGUCAAACACCUUGCUCAAUGAACCGCUUGAAUUUCAUUUUGCCUUUCUCUUAAGCGAAGCUACAAAGUUUUUCUCCGACGCUAAAACCAAGCAAUAUACAAGUAACUUGGUUAUUCACAUGUUAAAGUGUGUCGAAAAAGAGGUUAUAAUUUCACUUGGCUUGCUAAUGUUUCAUAGAGCUGUGGUAAAACUGUUGUGGGAAUUAAAGAGUGAAGGCCAUGUGAAUUCUUUUUGGUCAAGAAUCAAAUAUCAUGAAAAAACACUCGAGCAAUGCCAAGAAAGUUUCCUUACUAAUGACGAAUAUGGUGGUAACCGUUAUAGUCAAAUGCAAACUGAAGGGCUUGUGAAAUGUUACAUAGACCUGGGUAAAGUUUACGAGCAAGGAAGAAAUUACUCAGAGGCACUACAGUCAAACCGACGAGCGCUUGACAUAGCAACAAGGUUCUUUGGAGAAAAACAUGAAGGCACUGCUGACAGCUACAGGGCACUCGGUGUAACACAACACAACAUGAAUGACUACAGUGCAGCUCUACAAUCUUUCCAGCAUGCACUAGCUAUCCGUAUUAAACUAUUUGGAGAGGAACAUGAAAGCACUGCUGACAGCUACAGGGACGUCGGUGUAACACAAUACAACACGUAUGACUACAGCGCAGCUCUACAAUCACACCAGCAUGCACUAGCUAUCCGUAUAAAACUAUUUGGAGAGGAACAUGAAAGCACUGCUGACAGCUACCGGCAACUCGGUGUAACACAAUACAACAUGCAUGACUACAGUGCAGCUCUACAAUCUCACCAGCAUGCACUAGCUAUCCGUAUUAAACUAUUUGGAGAGGAAUAUGAAAGCUCUGCUGACAGCUACAGGCAACUCGGUGUAACACAAAACAACAUGAAUGACUACAGUGCAGCUCUACAAUCUCACCAGCGCGCAUUGGCUAUCCGUAUUAAACUAUUUGGAGAGGAACAUGAAAGCACUGCUGACAGCUACAGGGAACUCGGUGUAACACAACACAACAUGCAUGACUAUAACGCAGCUCUACAAUCUCACCAGCAUGCACUAGCUAUCCGUAUUAAACUAUUUGGAGAGGAACAUGAAAGCACUGCUGACAGCUACAGGCAACUCGGUGUAACACAACACAACAUGCAUGACUAUAACGCAGCUCUACAAUCUCACCAGCAUGCACUAGCUAUCCGUAUUAAACUAUUUGGAGAGGAACAUGAAAGCACUGCUGACAGCUACAGGGAAGUCGGUGUAACACAAUACAACAUGCAUGACUACAGCGCAGCUCUACAAUCUCACCAGCAUGCACUAGCUAUCCGUAUUAAACUAUUUGGAGAGGAAUAUGAAAGCACUGCUGACAGCUACAGGCAACUCGGUGUAACACAAAACAACAUGGAUGACUACAGUACAGCUCUACAAUCUCACCAGCAUGCACUAGCUAUCCGUAUUAAACUAUUUGGAGAGGAACAUGAAAGCACUGCUGACAGCUACAGGCAACUCGGUGUAACACAAUACAACAUGCAUGACUACAAUGCAGCUCUACAAUCUCACCAGCGGGCAUUAGGUAUCCGUCUUAAACUGUUUGGUGAAGAAGAUGCAAAAACCGCUGAUAGCUACAGGCAAGUCAAGAUCACUCAAGACGCCCAGCGAAAGUUU